UAUACAAUUGGGUGUUAGGUGUUAUUGCGAUGUAGGUGGUUUUACUAACUAAUUAAAUUUGAAGAAUUCAAAUUUCUUCUGCAUGUUUAAUUACUAAAGCAAAGUUAUGCUCUUGUUUUGGGUUAUUCGUGUCUAAAGUUGUCUCUCAUUAGGAUAUGUUUUUUUUCCAAAUCCAUAUGUCUCUUUAAUUCGUCAUGGCCGAAGUGAAAGCUUUAGAACAUCCUACUUUAAAAGUUCCAUACGAAGUGUUGAAUAAGAAAUUCCGAACAGCGCAGAAAACAAUUGAUCGCGAAGUAUCUCACGUUCAAAAUGCCGCAACCGAGUUAGAAAAGGGGCUUAGCAAGAAAUCCCCUAAUGUUGGUGAAAUAAAAGUCCUACUAGGUGGUGUAGUAGAAAAGCUAAAUAUUCUUAAGAGAAAAUUAGUCAGCAACCAGUCUGAAGGAAGUGUAAGUGAAGAACUUGAAGCUGCAUCGGUGUGCAAAAGAAGAUUAGACCAUUUGAAAGAUCAUGGCAGCUCUCAGGAAUCUGCAGUAGCACAAUGGAAGAAGAAACGUUUAGAUCGAAUGCUUGUCGAUCAUUUCUUGCGUUGCGGGUACUAUAAUACUGCUCUAAAAUUGGCCAAGCAUUCAAACAUUGAAGAUCUUACCAAUAUCAAUUUGUUUUUAAUUUCAAAAGAAGUCGAAGAGUCCUUACAAAGACAUGAAACUGCUAGUUGUCUAAAUUGGUGUUAUGAUAACAAAUCAAAACUACGGAAGCUGAAAAGUUCCUUAGAAUUCAACCUACGCCAGCAGGAAUUCAUUGAAUUAAUUCGCCAAGAUUUGAGAAUUGAAGCCAUAAAACAUGCCAGAAAAUACUUUUCUAAUGUUGAAGAGGAUCAUCUGACCGAAGUGCAACAUGUUAUGGGUCUUCUAGCAUUUCCUUUAUGUACCGCCAUUCACCCUUACAGGGAUUAUUUUGAUGAAGCUAGGUGGAACAAAUUGGUUUUGCAAUUUAGACAUGAUAAUUUUAAACUUUAUCAGUUGAGCAAUGUUUCAGUCUUCUCCGUUUCCUUACAAGCUGGAUUAUCUGCCUUAAAAACUCCCAUAUGCUAUAAAGCAGAAGGGGAAAGAAAUGCCGAUUGCCCAGUCUGUGGACCUGCUCUUAAUAAAUUAGCUCAGUCAUUGCCAUAUUCACAUUGCUCACAAUCAAGGCUUGUAUGUUACAUCUCCGGUGAACCUUUGAAUGAACAUAAUCAUCCGCUAAUGCUACCAAAUGGUUAUGUAUAUGGAGAACUUUCUUUAAAAACUAUGGCUGCAGACAAUAAUGGAAAAGUUACGUGUCCACGAACUAAAGAAGUGUUCGAUUUGAAGGAGGCAGAAAAAAUCUUUGUCAUGUAAACUCUCUCUUUUUUUAUUGUUGAACUAUAUGUGAAAUUGCCUUCAAAUAUGAACUUCAAAGUUGUACAGAUCUUAGUUUAUACAUACAAUACACAUAUAUAAUGUAAGCCGAAAGUAAUUAUAAUUUCUCUAAAGUUAUUUAUUAUGAAAGUUCAAUUGUAUGUUUUAAAGAAGGACUGGAUUAUGUAUUGAUAUCCUGAAUUAUAAACAAUGUGUUGCUUUUUUAAUAAAACAUGUCCUCUGAAACAUU